AUGGCGGAUGAAACCUUAGCUGGGCUGGAUGAGGGAGCCCUGCGGAAGCUGUUGGAGGUCACGGCGGAUCUGGCAGAGCGGCGGCGCAUCCGCUCGGCCAUCCGGGAGCUGCAGCGGCAGGAGCUGGAACGCGAGGAGGAGGCCCUGGCAUCCAAGCGCUUCCGCGCCGAGCGGCAGGACAACAAGGAGAACUGGCUACACUCCCAGCAGCGGGAGGCUGAGCAGCGGGCUGCUCUGGCACGGCUGGCAGGACGGCUGGAGUCCAUGAAUGAUGUGGAGGAGCUGACCGCACUGCUGCGGGGCGCCGCGGAGUACGAGGAGCGCAAGCUGAUCCGAGCCGCCAUCCGCCGCGUGCGGGCCCAGGAGAUCGAGGCCGCCACCUUAGCUGGAAGGUUGUACAGCGGGCGUCCCAACAGUGGCUCAAGAGAGGACAGCCAGGCACAGGCAGCACACAGGCUGGAGCCGUGUGAGGUGCCAAAGCCAGAGGAACAGAAGCAGCAGGUGGAGGUCCCAGAGCCAACCCUGACCCCCAGCGGCACCAGCCGGGAUGUGACCACGGUGACGCUCCUGCUGCGUGUCCCACCCGGGGACACACCCAGCCCACCUGCCUCAGCCGACAGUUCGCCCACCACUACCUCUCCUGAGCCUCCGCUGGAGCCUGCCGAGGGGGCCGCGUGCCCUGCCCCCGAGGCUCUGGGCAGUCCCGAGCCUCCCCCAAGCCCGCCCAGGGUCGCCAGCCCUGAGCCCCAGGAGCCUCCAGCCACCCACAGCACAGACGGGCAGGUGGUCGACAAGCUCCCACCCGGCCCCACAGAGCCCCCUGCCGCACAAGGCCCCACCAAAGGUCGCUCCGACACAAAGAGAGCAGACCUGGCCGACCCUCGUCCCUGCCAACGCUCCCUGUCUGUGCUCAGCCCCCGCCAGCCAGCCCAGAACCGAGAACCCACCCCCCUCGCUAGCGGACCUUCCCUGUUCCAGCGGGCAGGCUCCGUCCGGGACCGCGUGCGCAAGUUCACAUCCGAAUCUCCUACGGCCACGGCCACGGGGCUCCAGGAAGGCCCGCCCCGCGCGGCCCUCGGUCCCUCGACCCCUGCCAGGCUCCCAGGCCCCUCCCACACCAGCACCACCCCUGCCGCCUCCUUCUCCUCCUCCAGUGGCCCCUCCUCGCGGGGAACAGCCCGGCCCCUGGCCCAGCUUCAGAGCUGCCCCCGGGAGGAGGGCCCCAGGGGGCGGGGCUUGGCCGUCAGGUCCCUUGAAAACAGAGCAGGGGGGCCCGUGGCCCGCUCAGAGGCCAGCGCCCCGCUGCCCGUGGCCGUGGGCACCGCCGAGCCAGGGGCCAGUAUGAAGACCACAUUCACCAUCGAGAUCAAGGAUGGCCGGGGCCAGGCCUCCACAGGCCGGGUGCUGCUGCCCACGGGCAACCAGAGGGCAGAACUGACGCUGGGGCUGCGGGCGCCCCCCACCCUCCUUAGCCCCAGCAGUGGGGGCAAGAGCACCAUCACCCAUAUCAGCAGCCCUGGGAACCUAGCCCGGCUGGGCAGCGUGACUCACGUCACCAGCUUCAGCCCUGCCUCCCUGGGUAGCCGAGGAGGCUGCAGCAUAAAGGCGGCCGAGGAUGCCGGGACCCCCGUCGCCCACCCGCCUGCCUUCAGCACCCGCCGCCGCUCCUCUGCCGGCCCUGCCCACAGCGCCAGCCUCAUGGAGCCGGAGCCAACAGAGCCCCCCUCUGCAGCAGUGGAGGUGGCCAAUGGCGCCGAGCAGACCCGAGUGGACAAAGCACCAGGGAGCCGGAGCCCACUGAGCGCCGAGGAGCUGAUGGCCAUCGAGGAUGAGAGUGUCCUGGACAAGAUGCUGGAUCAGACUACGGACUUUGAGGAGCGGAAGCUCAUCCGGGCUGCACUGCGUGAGCUCCGACAAAGGAAGAGAGACCAGCGGGACAAGGACCGAGAACGGCGGCUGCAAGAGGCCCGGGCCCGGCCAGGGGAGGGCCGCGGCAACACAACAACCAAGACCACCACGCGGCACAGCCAGCAGACGGCCGACGGCUCCGCCGUCAGCACAGUCACCAAGACCGAGCGGCUCGUCCAAUCCAAUGACGGCACACGGACGGCCCGCACCACCACAGUGGAGUCAAGUUUUGUGAGGCGCUCAGAGAAUGGUGGUGGCAGCACCGUGAUGCAAACUAAGACCUUCUCCUCUUCAUCAUCCAAGAAGAUGGGCAGUAUCUUCGACCGGGAGGAUGAGGCCAGCCCACGGUCUGGCGGCCUAGCGGCGCUGGAAAAACGCCAGGCAGAAAAGAAGAAAGAGCUGAUGAAGGCGCAGAGCCUGCCCAGAACCUCAGCGUCCCAGGCGCGCAAGGCUAUGAUUGAGAAGUUGGAGAAGGAAGGCGCGGCAGGCAGCCCAGGCGGACCCCGCGCGGCUGUGCAGCGCUCCACCAGCUUCGGGGUCCCCAAUGCCAACAGCAUCAAGCAGAUGUUGCUAGACUGGUGCCGAGCCAAGACGCGUGGCUACGAGCAUGUGGACAUCCAGAACUUCUCCUCGAGUUGGAGUGACGGGAUGGCCUUCUGUGCCCUGGUGCACAACUUCUUCCCCGAGGCUUUCGACUAUGGGCAGCUCAGCCCACAGAACCGGCGUCAGAACUUCGAGGUGGCCUUCUCAUCCGCCGAGAUGCUGGUGGACUGCGUACCCCUGGUGGAGGUGGAGGACAUGAUGAUCAUGGGCAAGAAGCCCGACCCCAAGUGCGUUUUCACCUACGUGCAAUCGCUCUACAACCACCUGCGGCGCCACGAGCUGCGCCUGCGCGGCAAGAAUGUCUAG